AGGAAGCCGAGGAGAGGAAGCCGAGGAGAGGAAGCCGAGGAGAGGAAGCCGAGGAGAGGAAGCCGAGGAGAGGAAGCCGAGGAGAGGAAGCCGAGGAGAGGAAGCCGAGGAGAGGAAGCCGAGGAGAGGAAGCCGAGGAGAGGAAGCCGAGGAGAGGAAGCCGAGGAGAGGAAGCCGAGGAGAGGAAGCCGAGGAGAGGAAGCCGAGGAGAGGAAGCCGAGGAGAGGAAGCCGAGGAGAGGAAGCCGAGGAGAGGAAGCCGAGGAGAGGAAGCCGAGGAGAGGAAGCCGAGGAGAGGAAGCCGAGGAGAGGAAGCCGAGGAGAGGAAGCCGAGGAGAGGAAGCCGAGGAGAGGAAGCCGAGGAGAGGAAGCCGAGGAGAGGAAGCCGAGGAGAGGAAGCCGAGGAGAGGAAGCCGAGGAGAGGAAGCCGAGGAGAGGAAGCCGAGGAGAGGAAGCCGAGGAGAGGAAGCCGAGGAGAGGAAGCCGAGGAGAGGAAGCCGAGGAGAGGAAGCCGAGGAGAGGAAGCCGAGGAGAGGAAGCCGAGGAGAGGAAGCCGAGGAGAGGAAGCCGAGGAGAGGAAGCCGAGGAGAGGAAGCCGAGGAGAGGAAGCCCAGGAGAGGAAGCCAAGGAGAGGAAGCCAAGGAGAGGAAGCCAAGGAGAGGAAGCCAAGGAGAGGAAGCCAAGGAGAGGAAGCCAAGGAGAGGAAGCCAAGGAGAGGAAGCCAAGGAGAGGAAGCCAAGGAGAGGAAGCCAAGGAGAGGAAGCCAAGGAGAGGAAGCCAAGGAGAGGAAGCCAAGGAGAGGAAGCCAAGGAGAGGAAGCCAAGGAGAGGAAGCCAAGGAGAGGAAGCCAAGGAGAGGAAGCCAAGGAGAGGAAGCCAAGGAGAGGAAGCCAAGGAGAGGAAGCCAAGGAGAGGAAGCCAAGGAGAGGAAGCCAAGGAGAGGAAGCCAAGGAGAGGAAGCCAAGGAGAGGAAGCCAAGGAGAGGAAGCCAAGGAGAGGAAGCCAAGGAGAGGAAGCCAAGGAGAGGAAGCCAAGGAGAGGAAGCCAAGGAGAGGAAGCCAAGGAGAGGAAGCCAAGGAGAGGAAGCCAAGGAGAGGAAGCCAAGGAGAGGAAGCCAAGGAGAGGAAGCCAAGGAGAGGAAGCCAAGGAGAGGAAGCCAAGGAGAGGAAGCCAAGGAGAGGAAGCCAAGGAGAGGAAGCCAAGGAGAGGAAGCCAAGGAGAGGAAGCCAAGGAGAGGAAGCCAAGGAGAGGAAGCCAAGGAGAGGAAGCCAAGGAGAGGAAGCCAAGGAGAGGAAGCCAAGGAGAGGAAGCCAAGGAGAGGAAGCCAAGGAGAGGAAGCCAAGGAGAGGAAGCCAAGGAGAGGAAGCCAAGGAGAGGAAGCCAAGGAGAGGAAGCCAAGGAGAGGAAGCCAAGGAGAGGAAGCCAAGGAGAGGAAGCCAAGGAGAGGAAGCCAAGGAGAGGAAGCCAAGGAGAGGAAGCCAAGGAGAGGAAGCCAAGGAGAGGAAGCCAAGGAGAGGAAGCCAAGGAGAGGAAGCCAAGGAGAGGAAUUCCAAGAACAUCUACCAGCCAGUGCAAGCAGCUGCUUUUUAUGCCGUGAAGUGGUGGGAAUUACAGGGACUCCCAUGACUGCCCUCACCAACACCAGCAGAAUUAGCUUCAGCCAGAGGCUGGCUGAAAUUAUACAUAUGAGGAACGUAGAAAUUGACAGAAAAGGAAUGCUCUGUGAAGCAUGCUGUUCUGAAAUUAAUGAGAUAGAUGAGAAGGAAAUGCGAGUAAAGCAGCUUAAGAAAUUAAUUAUACUUCGUGUGCUCGCCAGGGACCCUGAUUAUGAUACAUUUAUUAAACUACCUGUAGCUAAAGUCAUGAAAGUUAUAAUGUUUUAUGAUAGAGAAAAUAACCAACAACAAAAGCAACAUUUGAAGAGCUCUUCUUAA